CUUUGUUGUCUGUCUGAUUAAAUGUUACCUAGGUACUGCUUCAGGCUUUACAAAGUAUCUUUUACAAGAAUAACUGAACUUCAUUUCAAUAAAUUAUAGAGAGCAGUGGUUAAAUGGUGAGAAAUUUAAUACGCUUUUUUUAUAUUUAAUUUUGAAACAUAUAAACAAGCAAAACAAUUAACAAGCAAAGCCAAGGGUAAAAGUAAGUUAUCGAUUCAAGUAUUUUUGUGGAAUAAUUUAUAAACUGACAUUCAAUUUACUCGCCCAUUUAUCAAGAACAAUUAAAGGAGGGAGACAUGACAGUACUCGUAAUUAUAUAUUGUUUUAUUCUACUUAUACUGAUACUAGCAGUAUAUCAGAAAAAUACAAAUGUGAUUUGUAAAUCGAAAAGGAGACUCGACGGGAAGACCGCUAUCGUCACGGGAGGCAAUUCGGGCAUGGGGCUCGAAAUAGCCAAAGACUUAGCCCUUAGAGGGGCCAGAGUCAUCGUCGCCUGCCCUUUUGAAGACGAGGGUAACGCCGCUCAAGAACUGAUCAUCCAAUAUUCUGGUAACCAAAAUGUACAAUUCGAAUAUCUCGACUUAUCUUCAUUUGCUUCUGUGAGGAAAUUCGCAACGAAAGUUAUAGAACAGGAAACUAAGCUACAUAUACUAGUAAACAACGCGGGUGUGGCUGCAGGAAAUAUGAGUACGGAUGGAAACAAUUACGUUAUGCAAGUCAACUAUUUAGGGACUGUUUUGCUAACCCUUCUACUUCUACCGCUUUUAGAAAAAUCUGGUGAUCAGGAAGAACAGAGCAGGAUCAUCAAUACCGCGUCUCUCACCCAUAAAAUUGGACGUGUCAACUUGGAAGGUUGGAAGCAAUCUGGCUUAUCCAUAUUACACUAUGCUAAUAGUAAACUAUGUAUUAUGUUAUUCACGUACGAAUUAGGUAAAAGGUUGAAGUCAUCAAGAGUCAUCGUGAACGCCGUAGAUCCAGGAUUCGUCGGCACGCAAAUAUACAAAAAUGGGACAAAUAUAAUUAUUGGGCCACCACUGACAUUUUUAAUAGCGUUAUUAUCAAAAAAUCCUUUCGAGGGAUCUCAAACGGCGAUACAUGCAGCUGUGUGUGAGAGCGCGCGCAAACAAAAUGGCCAAUAUUUUAUAAAUUGCAAAGUCACAAACACAGCGGAAUCAUCUUGGUACCGUGACGAUAAAACAACCGAGCUGCUCUGGAAUAAAACAAUGGAUGUGAUAAAGUUUGAAUAACUUCUAAAUAGUAUUCUUUAUAUUGUACUCAUAUGUACUUAAAUGUUUUUAUCAAUUUAAUUAUCACGUUAAAUGUGUGCCAGCAUACUUAACGAUUCAUAUGAGUACAUAUAUAGAAAUGUAACAUAUGAAAUCUUUACUUAAAAUAAAUCGGUCUUCAUCUUAUUAUAUUAGGAACUAACUCUUGUCGGUUUAAUUAUAAGUGAAAUCAUUCAUUACAUUUCUCUGUGGAAAGGUAAUUUUUAGGAUUUCGUACCUAAAAUGUAAAAAUGUAUUUCCGUUGGCGAUAUAAAAACAAAUACAAUAAAUAACAAUAAAUUUAAUAUUAAAGGGGGGGAUUUAUUUAUUUAUUUAUAACCCUACGUACGCGAGUCCGACGCGAUAGGUUUAUUAUUAUUUUCUGUUCAAUGAAAAUAUUUUAAAAAAAAUUAAAAAGUUAAAAUAUGUAUUUUAUUUAAAAAAAUUGUUUGCCUUAUUUUUUACAUAUGACAUGUUGAAAUAAAUUUGUAAAAUCUAAUAGAUAAAUAGAGGUCGACAUCGUGGGCAUGAAUCACACUGAUAUUAUUAUUAGAGGUUUUAUGAUGCAACUACA